AUGCAGCAACCCGUAUCGUGUAAUACGGGCAAGUGGGUCGAAAAAUCCCACAACAAGGACAAGGAAGGCCCAGUCAAGUCGGCAUGCCUCAGCUGCCGAACCAAGAAGGCAAAGUGUGAUGGUGGAAGACCCGUCUGUGGACAGUGCAUCCGCAAGAACCUCGAAUGCAUCUACAUCAAGUCCAAGCGCGGUGGUGCACGCAAGAAGAAAGUCCCCGGCCAACCCCCACCACUUGUCGAGUUCCUCAAGAAGCUCGAUGAGCUGAUCGUGCCGCCCAAGUUCACCCUUCCUCACCCGGGUCCCCAGAGCGGCGAGGAUGCCAGCAACCGCGUCCGAGUGUUUGAAUCGAGGGAAGAGAUUCUCCGAUGCUACUACAGCGAGAUCCACCCGUACCUGCCCAUGCUCCCCCCUCGCCACUACCUUGUCGAUGUUCUGCCCGAGCUGUUGCCCGUUUCGCCGCUUCUGAUGGCCACACAGACGAUUCUGACGUUGGCCCCACACCCGCUCGACCGUGACCCUCGUGACCCGUUGUCGAAGCGUCUUCGCUCAGCGGCCUCAGCACAAAUUGGCAAGGAAACCUUGGACCUGAUCGAUUACAAGCUUUCGCGCGGGGAGCAUUCGAUCGAGAAUGUCCAAGCUCUCAUCAUGCUCAGUGUCUGGGAGUGGGGCUCUACCAACAAUUCGGAUAUCGCUAUGGCGCGGAUAACGAGGGCGAUCCAGGUCGCUUACCUGAUGGGUCUUAACGAGAUCGACAAGCCCUACGGCGAGCGCGGCUCACUCGAGGGCAUCAACUGGCGGCGAGACAUGCUGCGACGGACGUGGUGGUGCCUCUAUGUGUUCCAGAUUUCGAACGCCAUGGUCUCGGGGCAGGCGCCGCCGAUCAUGAGCACCGAAAAGGUGCACGUUGACUUCCCCGUUUGUUCGGACAAGGAUCGAACAUGGGCGACCUGGGUGAACUGCAUCCGACAGUGUCUGAACAUCUGCAUGAUGGUCCGACAGAUGGCCAUGUCCCCGAACCAGGGCGACGGACAGAAGAUGAUCAAUCUCGACCGGCAUGUCAUCGAGCUGAUCAAGGAAACGGAGCGUGGGAGUAAAAUUCAACACGUUCCGGGUGGCGAGGAAGAUGUCGCGAAGAAUCAGCAGAUCAACACCGGUCUCGCUCUGGCCGUCACGCACAUCCAAAUCCACCGUCUCCAGGCCUUCCCCGAGGUGUCGUUGUUCAGCAAGAAGAUUUGUGGUUUCCCGCAGCCCGUCGAGCAGUCCGACGACGAGGACGACUCGUAUGGCAUGCAGUCCAGCGCGAGCCAGCCGUCCAACAGCGCGGUCAACUCGCCGGAGCCCAAGGUGGAAUCGGCGUCCCCUCAGUCGCAAUCACAGCCGUUGACGCAACAGUCUCUGAUGCAGCAACAGCAGCAGAUGAUGGUCGCCCAGGAUGGUGCGCCCCAGCAAGCGGGCUUCCCCAGCUUCAACCAGCCGCCGACCAAUCUGGCCCAAUGGGCGCACCAAGCGCAGCAGACUGCGUUCAUCCAGCCUCGACAGCAGCAGACGAAUGCCCAGCAGCAGCAGUUCCAGACGCCCCCGUCGCAACAGCAGCAGAGGCAGCAGUUCCAGUCUCCUCAGGGCCUGCAGCAGCAACAACAGCAGCAGUUCCAGGCCCCUCAACAGACCUUGCAGAACUUUGCGACCAACGGCAUGAUGAACCGCCCUCCCAUCGAUCUGCACAAGCCCUUACCUCCGUUACCCGGCCAGAUGGCUCCGGCACAGCAACCGCCGCCGCGAGGCUCGUCGAUGAUGAACGUGUCAAACCCCGGUCAGCUCCGACAGCAGCCCCAGCAGCCCGUGGACCCCAUGGUUCAACUCGGCGCGUCCGGCUUCGACGUUAGCAACAUGGACUUCUCGGCCAUGUACCCCGCCGCCGAAGCGUUCGACUCGCAGCUGAUGCAGCAGUGGAACUACGAGCUGCAACGCUGGGAUGGCAUGACGGACGACAUGUGGGUGCCCGACGCCUACCCGUCAUCCCUGCCGAAGCCAUGGUUUGCCGAGGACGGUGGCGCUGCGAAUAUGAUCAGCCAGGCCAGGGAAGGCGGCGCCUUCGUUCCGAUUCCGGACUUCCAACCGAUGCCUCAGCAGCAAUUCGGCCAGCCCCAGAACAACGCACAGCAGAUCUCUAAUAACACGACGCCGUACCAUUCGGACACUCCGAACGACACGAAACUCAACGGGCAAGACGGCACCGUUGCCACUGGCAAGAAGCACAAGGCUUGGGGUGUCAACGAGGAGGGUGAGGUUGUGGCCAAUGACGAUGUCAAGCGAGCCGAGAUGGCCACUGCCUUCCCGCCUGGCAUCAGUCUCGCCCGUUGUGCCAUGGCCGCGCACGCAAUCGUCCGCCUGCAGGUGCUGCACCGUUCCGCCGCCCUGGCGAUGGACGCGGGUGUUCCCCGCUGGCUUCCGUUCUGCUCCUGUGGUCUCGUCUCGGGUGCCUAUGCGUUCCUUCUCCUGGUCCUGGCGGUCCAGGCCGAGACGGCGUUCGGCGACACGGACAACCGCGAAGAGGAGAUCGAGUCGCUUCUCACGAACGUGCAGAUUCUCGCUGCCGGUCUCGAGGCUUACGGCGUGAUGUGGGACGGCAUCGACAUGAUGGCCCGCGAGGUAAAGGCGGCCGUCGACGCCGCGAAGCGCCUCCCGCUCGAGCUGCAGAGCCAGCGGUCGCAGUCCUCGGGUCCGCCCGGCGACACGCCGCAGGCCGUCACCCUGCCCAUCCCUCCCGAGCAGCCGGUCGUGCAGCAGCCCAUCAUGCAGCAGCAAGCGCCCCAGCUGCAGCCGAUCCAGCAGCAGCCCUUUGGCCACCCGAGCCAGCCGGGCCAGCCCAACCUCGCGCAGCAAAUGCAGCAGAUGGGCAUGCACUAG